UACAGUCGGACAUUGUCAACCUUGAAUCGGUAAAACUAUUAUUUAACAGGACUGGAGGAAAUAUGAGUGAUAACGUUGACGUUUCAGAUUUGAAAUCAAAUGCAUUGAAAUUAAAAGUUGAAAGCGAUCUCACCUGUAGACUGAGGAUGCACGUGGGCAAGAGGCAGUAUGACGCGUACGGUAAAUUAUUCAACCUAAGCGACCAUCUGAUGAUACACCGGUGGAAGCAUAGGGGCGAGAAUCCGUUCAAAUCUGACGUGUGUGACAAGUCAAUCAGUCAAAGAAGCACACUGACCGAACACUAUCGAACUGACACGAGAGAAAAACCGUUUACCUGCGAAGUUUGCCAAAAAUGGUUCCAUAACAUGGGUAAUUUGAUAAGGCACCGGUUAAUACAUACGGGGGAGAAACCGUACCGCUGUGAUGUGUGCGACAAGUCGUUCAGGCAAAGAAGCACACUGACCGUACAUCAGCGGACGCACACGGGAGAAAAACCGUUCCUCUGCGACUUUUGCGUCAAAAAGUUCAAUAAUAACGGUGAUUUGAUAAAGCAUCGACGGACACAUACGGGUGAGAAACCGUUCAGGUGUGAAGUGUGUGUCAAGUCAUUCAGUCAAAAAAGCACACUGAACGCACACUGGCGGACGCACACGGGAGAAAACCCGUUCCUUUGCGACGUGGUAAUUUUGUAAAGCGCCGGUUACUACAUA